AUGUUGCUCGCUAAUCUGAUUUGUACAUUUGCGUUCCUCGUGCUAAUUGAUCUCACAGGUAAUGUGGCAUGUGUUUGUUAGCUUUGGGUCUUUGGACUUGAAUCUUAUGUUAAUAUAGGACAUUAUGUUAGCAUGGUAUCUUUGUUACCGAGCAUGUUAGCAUAUGAUCUUUGAUGUUUUAAGUUGGAAUUUUUAACAUAAACCAUUUUGUAAUGUUCCUCAUCGUUAACGUAACGUUUUAGUGUCAUGUUCAUCAGCGUUACGGUUAAGCUCAAUACAAGCAAACCAAUUAGUUGGUGUAGCUAGCAGUAACUCAACAAAUUUUGAAGCUUCAGCUGACGAGCCUGUCACCACAGUGACUUUAUCUUCAAGCUCUGCUGCUUUGUCAUCAUCUUCUACUUCUACCUCUUCUUCAACUUCUUCAUCUUCUUCUACUUCUACCCCUUCUUCAUCUUCUCGUACUUCUACUACAUCAACUACGUCAAGUACGACUAAAUCAACGUCUACAGCUCAAGCAACGUUGCCAGGAGCAAAUAAUUUGGCUCAGGGUGUUGAUGCACAGGAAGAAUAUGAUGUUACUGAAGCUUCCGCUGACGAAGAAGAAGAAGCUGCAACAUCAACUUCAACGACUUUGGCUAGUACAAUUACAAUAACAGGUACAACGAUCAGUAGUACUACAGAAUCAACUUCUACUAGCACUCUUAGUACGGCUAGUACUACUACGAUUUCAGACACGACUUCAAUUACUAGUUCAUCAGAACUGUCGAGCACUUUAACAGAAUCUACACUAACUACAACAUCAGUCUCAGCUACAACAUUGUCGUACAGUGAAGAUUCUGAGACUACAGUAAAUGCACAAAGCGAUCAAAAAACCUUUUCAACUUUGAAUUGCACUAGCUUUGGAGUGGAAUGUGGAUGGAAAACAAGUGAUAAUAGUUCGAUUCCAUGGUAUCAAAGUGAGCUACAGAUUGAACCACUGGUGCUUCAGGUUGCUACUGGCACUGAGGUGGCUCCAGGUACUUUUUUCCUUCUGAACUUUCUAUAUAAUGUUGUUUUAGCUGCAAUAGUUUAGUAGUAGUAUUUUUUUACUUUUAGAGCAGGGCAGGGAAGUGUAGGUUAGAGUAACAUAGCGUAGGGUAGGGUAAUUUAUGUGAUAAGAUUACAAUGUUUAGACGGAUCCUACGCCAUAGCGUUGACUGAAGAAGCUUUGGAUCCAAAAGCUCGAGCAGUGCUACAAAGUCUUGCUAUACCGUGUCAAACUGGCAUUGGACAUCUUACUGUAAGGUCAGUGGUAAUUUAUUUCUAAUUUAAUUUUUUUCUUUAAAGUAUUCGAAUAUCAGUUAAAGCUGAAGAAUUUUGUAAAAAUGCAAAAAAAAUCAAUUUUUUUAAAAUUUUUAAAAUUAAAUUUUAAAAUAUUUGGACUUUAAUAGUAAAGUUUAAAUAAAUUUUAGUUACUGGAGCUCAGUUGGAGUGAAUGUGUCAUUUUGCACGAUGAUUCCCGGGGCUUCUGAAUUCUACUUUUGUACUCCAUUCAUGGUUGAAACAGACCCAGGACCAAUGUAUGUGUCAAUUCCUGAUCAUGGUGGGCAGUCUUUCAAUGUAAGCAUUUAUGUUUUAUAAAGCGUGGUUUUUUCCAGGGAAUGGAUUUUUAGAAAUUGUUUUUUAAAAUAAUUCUGUGCCCCUUUCAAAGCAAAUUUUCGGGGUUUGGGGCGCAGAAUUGAUUGAACAAGUUAAUAUGUUAUUAAUGAACCUAACAAUUGAUUAAGAUGUUCAUAAUCGCCGAGAACUUUACGUACACUUCCUCACAAUAUUCUGGAGGCUUUGUGAUCGUUGAUGACAUUUCAUACAUGGGGCAGUUGUGUUCAGCGCAAACCAAUCAACUCGCCGCUUCAGCAGGUUCGGACUAGUUCAAAUGUUGUUUAUUAGUAGAAAAAAAUGAAAAUUUUUGUAUUUUUAAUGCUUUUUGUAUUGUUUUAUUAGAUUUGUUACUAACAUAAGAUUUGUUACCUUCACUAACAAUAAAUUAGCUAUCAAUCUGGGGUAUCAAUGAAAUGCCUUAUCUCUUUAUACUGAUAACAAGUUACUGCUAGUAUAUUCUUUCACUGUUACUACGCCCUUAAAAAUGUCAUUUUUAGUUGAAGACGACACCUCAGUUAAUUCUGAAGAUGUCAAAGCUUCUGGUAGUGCUAGAGAGCAAGAAGAAGAUACGACAAUACCAUGGUUUGGUGGACAUAGUACUAUGUCAUCUGGAGAUGAUAAGGAAGGAUCUUCUUUGGCGUCGGGUGACGACACGAUGGCUUCUGGCGCCUCAGGUAGUGCUGUGGAAGAUCAAGAAGAUACGGCAGUAGCAUCGCUUGGAAGACAUUCUAGUAUGGCAUCUGGAGAUGAUACUACAAUAACAUCAUCUGGGGAUGAUACGACGAUAUUUUCAUUUGGAGUUGAUACUACACCAUCAGCAUCAGAAGAUGAUACUGCAUCAGGUUCAGCAUCUGGUACUAUGGAUUCAGAAUCCGAAGGAUCUACAGGUAAUGAAGAAUCAACGAAUAAUAAUGAUGAAAAUUCUGGUGAUACUGUAGCCACUGAUAAUGAUAUAAGUUCUGGUAGUGCUGUAACCUCAAAUGAUAUUGCUGAAAAUAUUGAUGAAAGUACGACAAUAUUAAUGGAUAGUGCCUCUGGAAGUGAUGCUACAGUGUCAUCAAAUGAAGACAUGGCGUCAACAGAUGAAGAUACGACAAACAUAGAUGUAGAUACAGUAACAGGUACUACUACUUUAGAUGAGAAUAAAGUAACAGAUGAUGAUACAAUAGAGAAUAACGUAGUAGAAGACGUUAUAGUACCGUCAAAUCGGUUUAUGCUACCAAAUGAUGUCACAUCUACUACUGAAGAGACCGCGUUAAAAGGUAGUAACAUAGCUUUACCCAACAGUAACUUGGCACAACAAAAAAUUAGAAUAAGACCGAUGAACUUGAAUAGUAAAGUUGAUAACGAUAACAAACCUUUUACUCAGCAAUAUUCUUUUUACAGUACUCAAGGGUACGAUAGUAAUGAAGUUGAUAGUAGUAGUGUAGCUACAUCGACAUUGCCACCUUAUAGCAAUAAUUGGCAAAAUUUUGUUUACAUUACGACAGUUAGUCAGACAAAUGAAGAAGAUAGUAAUAACAACAACAUGGGUAGCACUACUGAAGCAGAGUUCACCAAAAUACCCAGCACUCAGUUUUAUCAACAGCUUUUUAGUGGUGGAAGCAACCAAAGUAAGUGUUAGUAGACCGGGGCUGGGGUUAGACCUAAACCUAGGGCUAGGUCAGAGCAAGACAGGGCUGUAGUAAGGCUGGGGUAGAGUAGAGUAAGUUAGGGUAUGUUAGGGUAGGGUACGGCACGGUGCGGGAGGGCACUAUAGGAUAUAAUACAGUAGGCAAGGGUAGGAUAAAGUAAGGUAGGGUAGGGUGGGGUACGGCACGGUGCGGGAGGGCACUAUAGGAUAUAAUACAGUACCUAAACUUAUAUUUAUAGAUUCCAUGUUCCAUGCAACACAAAACCUAA